GUUCCUGCAAUUAAGUCAACCAUUUCACCCAAGAUCAUGGCAUCUUCCUACAUAUUCAUCAUUGCACUUGCACUUUUAGUUGAAUUGACUACAGCUUUGCCCAAAGUUAAGAUGGACGAAGGACGUACAGACCAAGAUAGACUAGUGUCGAUAGUAGAAGAUGAUGCAAGCGAAAUGGGACCUGGGCAGCUCACAUUCAGAAGACACCCCAUCAUAGAGGGCAGACUGGUGGAUGAAGACGGGACAAAACGCAUCUUCAUACUUGCCGACACAGAAAUAAAAGGGUCUCUUGGGAGGGAAUCAAACCUUGCCUUUUCGAGAACCCUCCCUGUGCUGCCGCCGCGUGGGAUGGAUCAUGCUCUGGAUGGAUUCAACAUGAGGGAUGAGCGACGUAGCAUAGAUGAUGUCAUUCCCGUGGGCAGGAGGGACAUAGACAUGCUGAGGUGCAUGAUAGGGAGAGUCUACAGGCCCUGUUGGCAAGCUUGAGAACAGAGCAGCUGAAAAAGCACCUGCAUGAUUUUCCCAGCUCUCCCCUGAUCCUGCAAGAUACUCCAAAUAUAAAGAUGACAAACACACUUGUAUGAUUUAAAAAGAACUGAAAUAAAAUUUUAUUAAAAUCUGCAAA